CCCGCAACCCAAUCCAUCGCCGCCUCCCUUCCAGAUCCAUCGCAGCCACCGCCACCUCCCUCCGGCGGAGCUCGCCGUCGUUCAUGGCCUCCCCCAUGCCCCCCUCCUCUCGCCCCUCCCCUUCCCUCACCACCCAACCGAACCAACCAGCCUACCAACCCGAAGAGAAAAGCGAGCGGAGGCGAGAUGGCGACCGGACGCGAGGCCGGCGAGGCGGCGCCGUGGGAGGAGGAGGAGCAGAGGGAGUGGGCGGAUCUGACGCCCGUGUGCCUGGCGGAGGCGUUCUCACGGCUGGGCCUGGAGGACCUGCGGCGCGGCGCCAUGGCGUGCUGCCGCUCCUGGCGGGCGGCCGCGCGCUCCCGGCCGGCGCUAUUCGUCGUGCUCGACCUCCGCCCGGCUUUCGAGGCCGUCAGCGCUGCACUUCUGGACGCCGCACUCGACCCCACCAUGCACACUGUCUCUCUCGCGACCACGCGCCGGCCAGGUUCGCCGCCUGGGCGACGGGUGGGAGGAUCCGUCAGAGGAGGGGGAGCGGAGGGAGAGGAAGGCGGAGAUGGCGCAGAGCACACUGCCGAGAGGCUGCAGAGCCAGGCCUCCCCCGACGACGAGUUCGAGAACGAGGGUCAUGGCGGCACCGGGCCUCCCCGAGGCGGACUUCAGGAAGGCGCUGGACUCGGCGCUCUUCAGGCGGUGGCUGGAGAGCCUGCAGGCGGAGAAGGGCCUGCUUGCCCACGGGAAGCUCAGCCUCCGCCAGAUCCUCAUCCAGGGGGUGGACAUGUUCGGGCAGCGCGUGGGAUUCCUCAAGUUCAAGGCCGACAUCAUGGACGAGGAAACCCAAGCCAAGGGAUUUUCUUUGCAAGAGGGCCUGCUGUUGCUGUGUUGAUCCUUUUGCAGUCCAAAGGGCAAACUUAUGUUGUUCUUACUGAACAGGCUAGAGUUCCUAUUGGGAAGUUUAUAUUGGAGCUACCAGCUGGAAUGCUAGAUGAUGAAAACGGCGACUUUGUUGGCACCGCAGUCCGAGAGGUUCACAAGGCAUAUACCAAUCUUGCUGCCACUGCCAGGAAUCCGACGAGUUCCAUAAGCUGUCUGGAUCUUCGUACUCUUGCUGUGCUGGCAAACUCCACCCUGUCCAGCUCAAGGUUGGAAUGUCUAUUGACCCAAAGCUGUUUCAAAGAUGUUUCUGUCAAACUUCCCAGCAGUCUCUUUGAUAUUAGGUCUCUUAAUUAUUGGAAAGACACUGGUAGUAACAUUUAUUGGUAGAGUGUUUGGAGUUUCCACCAUAGCUGUUGUUCGGGUUGGUCUUUUGUUUGCACCUGGUGGGGACUUUGAUAGCUAUGUUCCUCCUCCUCUACUGUUUAGUAGGCAGGCAGAAUACCCAAGUACUACUUCUUGAGCAUCGCCUACAUCAGCCAAAGGCUCUGAAAACUGGUUAUUAAUCAAAAACUGAAUUUGUUUUGUUGUGCAAUAUAUUUACACAUGAGCCAAACACCCUGAUUCUUACUUACCACUAUAAAUAAUUGUCUUCAAAGAGGGGUUGGAUUUCCUUUUUGAUCUGCAAUCUGCAUCGCCUAGUAAUUACUAGUAUGUUUCAUUUUGGGGGCAAUGUAUGUGGUUGUUUUGCAGGUACUAACUGUACAUUUGAUGUGCCUGUGAUUGAGCACCAACCAGCUUGUUAGUUUCGCAGGAGGAGCACGCCUAGGAGAAGAGAGGGCUCAUUCCACUUGUUUGGAAGAGAAGACGAUGAAGCAUGGUGGUUAUCUGGAUAAUCUGCCUUGUGUUUUGGUUGUACUUUGUACCUAGUUAUAUUGUAUUCUGUAGUAGUCAGCACAUUCUGGAGUAGAAUCUAGUGAAGUUGUAAAACUGUAAGAAAUGUGAGAAAUAUACUUUGUAUCUAGUUUUGUUUCA